AAGGCGGCAGAGGGAUGGAAAGCGGCGGUUAAAGACGGGGAAGAGAGGGAAACAGAAAGAGUCCACUCCGAAGACAAAAGAGAGCGAAACGUGAUAGACUUGAGAGGGAAAGAGCGCUGGCGACAUACAGGAGAGAUCGGAGAACACAAAGAAAACUGACUGGAAGACGCCGGAGAGAUUAAAUUAGAAAAAAAAAAAAAAACGUAGAGAGACUAUUUUCCUUUUCCAGUUUCUUCGCUUCAUCUCUGACCUAGUUAAGAAUGAUCCUUCAUGGAUAGUAUACCAGUGUCUAAUUAGUCAGAUUUAGACUCUUUACCUCUUUCGAUUAAUCUAUUUUAUCGUUUUCUGGAGAUGGAUUCUUCUUGCCCAUGAAUGUCCAUUGCUGGUGGAAUAAUGGGGGCGUAUUUUUUUUCUUUUUUUAUCUUUUCUUAUCUUGUUUGAUUUAUUUCACUUUUGCAUGCGAACUUUUAAUCCUUUCUUUCUUCUUCUUCUUCAUCAUCAUCAUCUUUUUUGGUCCAAGAGAUUUUUAAUCCUUUCACAUAUAUGUUAUCCUUAGGUUUUUAGACAAAGUCAAAGUCACCCACUCCUUAUAAAUGAAUUAAUUAAUAAUUGUUAUAUCGUAUUUUAUUUUCUUGAUUUCUUUCUUUUAUUUUUAUUUUUGCAUGUGAUUGGUCAGGUUGAUCAAAAUGUGUUCAUGUUGUUUCAUCACAGUCAUUAAUUUGUUAUUUGAAUGCCAAUGUGUCUUUUUUGUUUCGUUGCUGAUUCUUGAAGAUAUUUAUUUGAACCUUCAUACGUGUGUGUGUGUGUGUGGUGUGUGUGUUUGUUAUGUGAAAUGUGAUUUUUGCGUCUUGUGAGCACAUUGUGUGAUGACAAUGAUUUCGGUAGGUUCAAGGCCAAAAUUGGCACAGUUGAUUAUCGUACUUUUCCUCUCCUCUUGCUUUGGAAUUUAUUGAAUUCAUUUAUCAACCUGCUUUUCUGCAGCGAUGACAGAGAAACGAGAGAAUCCCAGACUUAGAGAAAGGCAAGGUAAUCAAAGACUGGACAAAAAGAAGAAGCAAAAAAUGGAAUCUAUGGAUCGUAUUUCACAAUUGCCUGAUCAUGUGGUACAUUACAUUUUGUCUUUCAUUCGAUGUCCAAGGGAAGUGGCUCGCACCUCCAUUUUAUCAAAGAGAUGGAGAGAACUAUGGUACUCCUUUUCCAGUUUGACAUUUGACCAACGCGCAUUUAAAGGCAGUGAUUUUAUGAUGAGCGGCUGUUUUUUAAACUACGUGGACAAUUCUCUAAAACUCUACCUUGAAAAAAAUAUAGGCCUAAAAAAAUUGAGCAUACAUAUGGUCUCCUUUGAUGCAGAAGUUAUCAUUCAUAUUGACCAUUGGUUAGAUUUAGUCAUUGAGAAAAACAUUAAAGAGCUGGAUAUCAAUAUUGACACAAAGGCAAACAUGCGAUAUAUUUUACCUGAACAUGUCUUUUUGACGGAGUCUCUCUCCCAACUAAGGUUAUGUGGGUGCGAGCUGACUAGAUUUGACAACAUAAUGCUUCCUCAUCUACAAAAGCUUUGUCUGCGGAAAGUGAUGUUAAAUGAGCAGAUCAUUCAGAAUCUGAUCUCAAAAUGCAAGUUUAUUUAUGAUUUAAGACUCAUACAUUGCUCAGGUUUGAAGGAAUUGUGGAUCUGCGAUCGUAUUAGGCUGAAUAGAGUUGAAAUACACCAGUGCAUUCAACUAAGAAAGGUGGAGCUUGAUUGUCUUAAUCUUCACACAUUUUGGUUUCAUUGUGAGAAAUCAACUCCCUGCAAAGUUAGUUUAGCUAGCUGUAAAUCUCUGAAAAAGUUGACAUUAGGGUAUCAUCAAGUGAAAGAUGACUUUUGUGAAAAGAGCAAGUUCUAUGAUUUUCCCCUUCUUGAAGCGUUGGAUCUAAGCACAUUGGAUAGCUUGAAGUGCAUUAACAUUUCAAACCCGCAGCUUCAGAAGCUUGCCUUGAAAGGAUGCAAGAAAAUGAAAUUUGUUUCUAUAAAUGCUCCAAAUCUUCGGUCAUUUGAGUUUCAGGGUAAGAAGAUGCCCCGCAUUGAAAUGCAUCCUUGUUCCCUUAGGGAUGCCAAGCUUUCUUUCGAACCUAUCGAUAAGUCUAGACCUAUAAUGUUUGAAAAGCAGGGCUACUUUCCCAAGUUGAUGGAUUUUAUCAGAAAAUUUGACCAUGAAGGCAGCUACAAAUUGGUUAUCCGAUCCAAGAAGAAUAUUGUCAUUUAUGAAAAUUUGGAUAGAGUGUUGCUUCCCGAGCUCCCCAACCUCAGCAUUGACAUUCUCUCUCCAUUGGUAUUUAUAGAUCGGUUCUAUAGUUUGCUGGGUACAUGUCACCCUGAGACUCUCUGCAUGAUUUUUCCUUCAAAUAGAAAGUUCCCAAGGUUAGUACAUGAAAAGAUGAAGAAUAGAGAAGGAAAUUCAAGCUGUUGCAAUUAUUUCACUUCAUCUAAUAAAUGUUGGCGGCACUUCUUGAAGGACAUCAAGAUUGAGGAUUUUGGAGAUGCUAACAACAAAUGGACAUCUGCCUGGCUCAAUCGGUUAGCGUGUACGCAAACGGCAUUGCCACUUCGUUUGACUACCCUUAGAUUAUAUUGGAACGGUUUCAGACAUGGGGAGAGACCUGAGAAGACAUACUUUAUUCAAGUUGUUUAUGAUAAACAUGGUGAACCUUUCAAAGCUGACAAACAUGGAGGAAUUGGAGGAGACAAAACUCAUGAGAUAAAGCUUCAGCUGCCAGAUGAGUUCCUGAUUGGUGUCAGCGGUCAUUAUUUUCCAUUUGGCGGCGCCCUGGUUAUUCGAUCACUGAUAUUUAAGAGCAACGAAAGGACAUCUGGCCUAUAUGGUUAUGAAGAAGACACAUUAUUUACCUUUUCAAAGGAAGGAGGCAAAGUUGUUGUAGGGUUUAAGGGACGAGGUGGAAGAUAUUUGGAUUCAGUUGCCUUCGCUGAAGGAACAGGAAGGAAGAAGAGAAGCCUGAUAGUUGUGGGACCAUGGGGAGGAAAUGGAGGAUCUAGCUGGGACGAUGGUUGCUUCACAGGGGUGAGAGAAAUCACACUGGUUUAUGGACAAUGUAUAGACUCUAUUCAAGUGGUUUAUGACAAACAUGGCAAGCCUUUCAAAUCUGACAAGCAUGGAGGAAUUGGAGGCAACAAAACUGCUGAGAUUAAGCUGCAAUACCCAAAUGAGUUCUUGAUUGGUGUCAGUGGCCAUUAUUGUCCAGUGGCACGUGGCGGCACCCCGGUCAUUCGAUCACUGACAUUUAAGAGCAACAGCCGAACAUAUGGUCCAUAUGGAGUUGAAGAAGGCUCACCAUUUACCUUUUCUAUGGAAGGAGGCAAAGUUGUAGGGUUUAAGGGGCAAAGUGGUUGGCAUUUGGAUUCAAUUGCCUUCGUUUUGUCUCCUGAACAAUCAAAAAACUUGCUUCAGAAGGUGCAAAAUUGCUUGAAUAGGUUUUCAACUUCUGCUUCAAAGUCUUCAGCUCCCAAAACUGGCCAGAAAACUAUAUGAAAUUAAAUUGGUGUUCUAGCUUUUUAAAAAAUGAACUAGUGAGUCUUAUGAUGCUGGUAUAAUAGGUUUGGAAGUGUUGCUGUACUAUUGGUGAACGAGUGUAUCAAUAUCAUGUAGUUAUACCCAGGACAAUUUAAGAGCAAGUAUUUAUCUACGUUUGAGAGAAAUUCUGGCGACCUAAUAAUUUCCCAUCACGUUUAUCAUUCUAAUUUGUAAUUACCGAUUGACUCAGGCUGAUAGUUCGAACAAAACUCCAGAAUGCCUAUGGCAAAAUUGGUUGUAUGGAGUAUUCGCUGUUUAAUAAAUUUCAAAUGGUUAAAUUUAUCA